AUGUGUCAUAAACUAAAACUGUAUCUACGUUUGAAUUCACCUCACAGAUUACAAGACGAGCAACUUAGAGUAAGCGUGGGAGAUUGGAUUGUUGUGGGCACUUCUUUGCUGCUAAUGUUUUUAGACCAAACUACAUCUGUUGAGCUUCACUGCCGAACUGUAAAGUCAAUUUCAAAUCGAGCAUUACAUGGUCACGUGAUCGCAGUAGCACAAACCUUGUCCUUGGAGAGAUGCAGUUUCAAGUGUGAACGCAAAGCAGAUUGUUAUAGUAUCAACUACAUGCUGACCUCCAACUCCUGUGAGUUGAACAAGGGAACUCGUUUGUCGCACCCAAAACACUUCCUCCCGCGAGAGAACACAGUUUAUAUAGAUAAUCUUCAUCGACGCUAUCACGCAUGCGUGCAUCCUCCUUGCCAAAAUGGCGGCACUUGUGUAGUACUAGCAGAAAGUCCCGGAUAUAAGUGUCUGUGCCAAUCAAGUUACAGUGGCGACGAUUGCCAAGGUAAGAAAAUAGUUUCCCAAAAUAUGAUACAUUUUAAACCAGAUUGCAGUUACCAUUCUCUCUAUAGAGAGCCAAGUAAGCUGCGUAAGCUCAUCCAAGAGCGCUAGAGCGAGCGGCGAGCGAGACUUGAAGGGGCGAUGUCAAGCGAAUAUUGCUGAUUUAGGUCAAUUCUCAACCUCGUUCCCAGGGUUCUCUCCUACCCUCUCGCUCCGUAGGGCGGGUAGGAGAGAACCCUGGGAACGAAGUUGGUCAAUUCUGAGCUAUAAAAACAUCACGGAUCAAUUUAGGUUCCUGGGAGACUUGCCCACCUACCCCUCCCCUAAGCUAACAUUAACACUUACUUCUCACGUAGGGCAAAAUUUUGGCUUAGGGGAGGGGUAGGCAGACAGUUUCUCAGACAUUGCCUUUAACCAUACCAAAAAAGUUCCUGUAGAGUGAUAAAAAAAGACACCAAACAAAUUUACAUCUAUGUCUAUCUUUGCCAGCUAUAGCAACAGACGACAAGAAACUGUUUCAAUACCUUAAUAUAGUCUUAAAUCAGCCUAGUCCCUAGGCGUUCUCGGCUCGGUCAAUCGUGGACUCUACCGUGAGCUGUGACGUCACCGAGAGAUACUUGCCGAGAACGCGCUCUCUCGCCCGCUCUUUCCCAGACUUCGCGCAGACAACGGGGCAAGAGAGAACGCCUGGGGACUAGGCUGGUCUUAAAUAACAAAACCACUGUACCAGUAUUUUUGGAAUUCAAUUGCUGCGACAUGUUUUAGAUCUUUAAAAAGAGAGGAAAAACGUGACAUGUCCCCUUUAAGCGAGGAAAAAUUUGGCGGCUGUAGUCCUACAGGUGUAACUUUUAUCGUGUAUAGUUAAAGCCCCGUGCAAACGGACGCAACAUUGUUGGCCAACAACUCCCAACAUUGUUGGAUGUUUGAUGCUGCGUCCACUUGCACACCCUGUUGCAUGUUGUUGCGUGUUGUUGGGAGUUGUUGCGCAAAGUUUGAAAGCAGUCAGACUUUUAGCUACGUGCAAACAGACGCAACAAUGUUGCGUCCGUUUGAACAGGGCUUAAAAGUUAUUGAAUGACUUAUUCAUUGCGUGCAGUAACUCGUUCGAUCGCUUGCUCAAAAGUCUCGUACGCUUAUAUGACCUUUUUAAAGCGACUGCGUGAAGGAGUUCUUUUUCUUCUACUUCUUAAGCCCACUCCUGGAAUCUCGCAUGCAUUGUUUGAAAAAUUCGAGAAGGUUUAUUGAUUGAUCGUUUGAUCGAUUUGUUGACUCACUGGCUGCUAACCGCCCUAGAUUUCUAUUUAGUCGUUACAUUUCUCAGGCGAAAAAUUUAAGAAAAUUUGUUUGUUCAUCUCUUGGCACAGUUUGUAAUGAAUUGGCAUUAGGGAUUCAAGACUUUUCCAUACCAAACUCCGCAAUCUCUGCGUCAAGUUUCGAGGCCGACAGUCCUCCAUCUAGUGGUCGUAUUUACAAACCUGGCGGAUGGCGCGCAUUAAGCAACGACACCAGUCCAUAUUUGGAGGUAAGUAUAACACUACUUUUAUUUAUUGUAUCGGUUAAACGGAACGAGUUUCAUUUUGCGCAUAUUUACAAAAAAUCAACAUAUUCGAAUGCUUUGGCGCUUAUUAUAGUAUACGGAAAAGUAUUAAUUUCUUUUGGACAAUAAGAAACGUUUGCUUUGAAAGUCCUCUAUGUUUUUAGUUUUCUGUUGCUAACAGUUUAGGCCCCAAACAUUUCUAUGUAAGAUGCAAAUGACUGUUUCUUUCUUUAACGCGGUUUAGAUAAGCAGGAAGUUUCAAGCUUCUUCGUUCAAAAGGAGAAGCUGAUUACUGUUAAGGAGUUGUAGAAACGUCACUGAUAUGAUAGGCAAUUGUCUUGUUCUUAUUCCUUGAACCUUAAGUGACUCCACGAGAACAGUCUCCCUCUUGCUCCCUAAAAGCAUUCUUUCUAUCUACAUAGAAAUGGUGGCCAUUUUUUAAACGAGAACGUAAAAGAGAGAGGCAGACACUAUAGAAGCGUCUCUGCUCAGGUGUCUGCUUACAGAAAUCGUCUCGUUUUCUUUGACAGAUACGUUUUACGUCUGCAAAAUUGCUGAUAGUUGUUGCCACUCAAGGCUGGAAAAAUACUAAAAAUGCGUCAUCUGACUGCUGGACUACAGAAUAUUUAGUAUAUUUUCUGGAGUACAAGAGUACUGCAGCUCGAUGGACUGAAUAUCAAAGAGGCGGCGUUCGCAGGGUGAGGAAGAAUGGCAAAGUAUCAUAUCUGUACAAUUUAAAACUUCAGUCUAGUUCUUGAUCAAACAUUCUGUGAUCAUCAGACGUUCUGAUUUCUCGAAAGGACGUUGACACAUUACCAUAGUGUCUUCUUUUUUAGGCCGCCAAAUAUGUUUUCUUGCAAUCUUGAGACUUUUUUGGGGUGGGCCAGGGAAUGAUAAUUUUUACAGUCACCAUCGAAUCGUUUACAUGCACAGCGAAUCGACCGCAGCCUGAAAGUUAACACUUUCGUGAACUUUAACCUGCCACCUGUUUCAAAAAAAUAGAAAAUGAAAAGAAGAAAAAAAAAACAAAAACGCUGUGAUGUUUGCAAUCAUACUGUGUUUGAAGUAAUAUGUCAAGAACGAGGGCAAGUGCUUCAUCACGGGUUCCAAACACCGAGAGACAGAUGAAAACACGAGGCAAUAGGCCGUCUGCUUUCAUUUGUUUCGAGGUGUUUGGAACCCGUGAUGAAGUACGAAGUCCAGUUUUUUACAAGUUCUCUGAAAUGAUACAAUAAAAAUGCAACUGCAAGAGUUUGAUCUCAGAUUAAAAACAUGUUCCAUCGCAGAUGAAUACCUGGUGAUGUUUUAUCAGGUGUUUCAUUUAAGUAUCAAGAUUCAUCCACCUGAUCCAAAUGGUUGUCAAUUAUCGGCUUUUGACUAAGGAAUGAUUGAUGAGUUUGAGAAUUUCUGUUCUCAACAGGUGUUUUCUGGCAACUCGAACGCAGCUGGUGUGGUCAGAAAUCGUAUCAGCAGUCCAUUUCACUGUACUGCGGUACGAAUUCGUGCAAUAAAUUGGAAAGAUCGUACGUGCAUGCGCAGUGAGCUGUAUGGUUGUGAGGCACACAGUUGA